UGCAGCUCGCUGAGGCGCUGUAGGACGACCGGAUAACGGGAACCGAGAAGGGGGGACAGGAGCAAAACGCGUCAGUCUGACAGACAUAGACGGGUUGCUAUUGUAUAACACAGGCCUUCGGUGUUACCACCGUCCAGGAGGAGCGGCUGCUUUCUGUUAUUUACCUGUUUUAUUUCAUCCUCUCUCUCUCUCUCUCGCUCUCUCUCUCUCUCCCCGCGGAGGCAGAGCCGGAGCGCCGCAGCGGGGCUCAGGGUUGCAUCGGCCGCUGGCGGAGGACCUGCACAUGUCGGCGCGGUGAGGGAGCGUUUGUUUCCCCGCCCUGACACGGUUGGAGGACGGCAGGAGGAGGAGGAGGCUUUGUGGAGGGGUGUACAUCGCGACGAGAAAACAACAUUAUCCACUUCUGAGAGAGAGAGACAAAAAAAAAAAAACCCUAAUCAAGGAGGUGCGGCCGUUUGAACUGUCGAAAGAGGAUCCGUUAAAAACGAGCAAGAAGGACAACAGUGAUGCGGCACCCAAGGUGGGCCCAGAUUGAUGAUUUUAUGAUAUCAUCCACCGCCAGGACCGAUCACUGAUUUUUAUUGAUGAGGCGCAUCAUUGAGGAGAAAAAAAGCUAUAAACUGACCUGGGGUCCGUUUGUUUGUUUGUUUUUUUGGAGCUGGAUAUGAGCAGAGCGGGAGGUGCCUGAUUACAGUGAUUUCUUUACAUAAGGAUCUAAUUAAUUAAAGAAAUACACAUCCGAAUCUAGGCCGAUGACAGUCUGUGUGUGACGCCAAUACAGCAGCAGCUAGGCGUGUGUGUGUGUGUGUGUGUGUGUGUGCGCGCGCGCGCGUGUGUGUGUGUGUCUGUGAGUGUGUGUGAGAGGGAGAGAGAGAGAGACGCGCCUGUCUGAGCAUCAUCUGGUAGCUGCACAGGCUACUCCUCCACGGGGAUGAUACACAAGCGAUUCAGCAUCUGUGCGUGAAAUACAGAAGAAUCCGGGAUGCUGCUGAUGCUGUUGCUGCCAUUUCCAGUCCGGCUCUGAUAGAGACAGCGAGGCGCACGGGACUGGACAUCCAUACAAUAUCUCUCCUCACUUCUCCUCCACCUCUGCACCUCCCCCCCCCCCCUGUAUCUCUCCCCCCUCUCCUCCUCCCUCCUUCCCUCCAUCCCUCCCUCCUUCCCCCUAUUCCACCCCGGAGCGUCUACUUCUUCGGAUCAAUUGCUAAUCCACCUGUGAUUCAAGAAAACACAAACUCCUCCAUCCCUAACCUCCAUUCUCACUUCCAGUCACAUACAUCCUCUCAAGCGCCUCCUUAAGCACUCACGCGCGCCGAGGCACGCGCGCACGCCCCACCACCGCCAUCUCCAGCCAUCAUGGAGACGACCAAGCUGCCUCCGACCAGCCCGUCCUCGCCGACCACCAGCUUCUCGGUGCCGUCCGCGGAGAAGGUGGAUGGCUUCCCGCGGAGGUCGAUGCGCAGAGCCCGGCAGAGGAGGUCCCACAGCUCGUCCCAGUUCCGCUACCAGAGCUCCCAGGUGGAGCUCACCCCACUGCCCCUGCUCAAAGACGCCCCGGUGGCAGAGUUACACGACCUGUUCUGUAAGAAGCUGCAGCAGUGCUGCGUGCUGUUUGAUUUCCUGGACUGCGUGGCUGACCUGAAGGGGAAGGAGAUCAAACGUGCGGCGCUCAACGAGCUGGUGGAGAGCGUGGCCACUAGCAGAGGAGUCCUCAUUGAGCCUCUGUACCCAGAGGCUAUAAAGAUGAUUUCGGUAAAUAUCUUCCGGACUCUGCCACCCAGCGAGAAUCCAGAGUUUGAUCCUGAGGAAGAUGAGCCAACACUCGAAGCCUCCUGGCCGCAUCUGCAGCUGGUGUAUGAGUUCUUUCUGCGCUUCCUGGAGAGCCCGGACUUCCAGCCCUCCAUGGCCAAACGUUACGUCGACCAGAAGUUUGUCCUGCAGCUCCUGGAGCUGUUUGACAGCGAGGACCCCAGGGAGAGGGAGUACCUAAAGACCAUCCUACACCGUGUCUAUGGAAAACUACUGGGCCUCCGAGCCUACAUCCGCAAACAGAUCAACAACAUCUUCCUCAGGUUCAUAUAUGAAACUGAGCACUUCAACGGGGUUGCGGAGCUUCUGGAAAUCCUCGGCAGCAUCAUAAAUGGCUUCGCCCUGCCGCUGAAGGCCGAACACAAACAGUUCCUGGUUCGAGUUCUCAUCCCGCUACACACGGCGAAGUCCCUUUCCAUCUUCCACGCACAGCUGGCCUACUGUGUGGUGCAGUUUAUGGAAAAAGAUGCCACAGUGACUGAAUAUAUCAUCAGAGGACUGCUCAAGUACUGGCCAAAAACCUGCACGCAGAAAGAGGUGAUGUUCCUGGGGGAAAUUGAGGAGAUCCUGGAUGUGAUCGAGCCGUCUCAGUUCAUCAGGGUCCAGGAGCUGCUCUUCAAACAGAUCGCAGCCUGCAUCUCCAGCCCUCACUUCCAGGUAGCGGAGCGGGCUCUUUACUUCUGGAACAACGAAUACAUCCUCAGUCUGAUAGAGGAGAACUGUCAAGUCAUCCUGCCGCUGGUAUUCGCCACCCUCUACAGAGUCUCCAAGGAGCACUGGAACCAGACCAUUGUGUCUCUGAUCUACAACGUGCUGAAGACCUUCAUGGAGAUGAACAGCAAGUUGUUUGAUGACCUCACUGCCUCCUACAAAGUAGAGAAACAGAAGGAAAUGAAGCGAGAGAGGGAGCGUGCAGACCUCUGGCGAGGCCUGGAGGAGCACCAGGACCGCCGGAUGCAGAUGCUCACCGAGGCCGCCAGGAACCAGCGCAACCUCCAGGAGCGAGGCAAGAGAGGGGACCCACCGACCCCUUCCUCCCCGCAGACGGCCCACUCUGACCAGCCCGAGCCCAAGCUCAGCGGGGCCUCUUCUUCCUCCUCUGGGGCCGGGGAGAGCGCCACCUAGGUGCUGCUCCACAGCGAUUGGAUAAGCACGGGGGUUAGGGGACAGGGAAAAGACAUGAGGUUGCUGGUGAAAGUGUUGGGAGAGAAAAGGUACAAAAUCCACUGUUCUUUUUUAAAAUCUUUUAUCUUGUAUCAUCGAGGGCGUGGCUUUUUUGUGAAAAAGCGCACAAACUCAGUGAUCUGAGGUAAAACUCACACUUUUUUUUUUUUUCUGACAAACUUGUGUGAAACUGGUUCACUUUUAGCUGUACACACAUUAUGUUGCAGAUCAGAAGAUGAAUAUUGUCCAAAAGUCCAGACUGUCAUUUGAAUUAGUGGCUGGUUUAUCAAACUGCAGGUCAGUAUCCAUAACUGGUAGCUGGCCUGCUUCAAAUCAGCCUUUAAAUAAGAGAUGAAAUUUCUCUUUUGGUGCAACACUAACCACGUUUAACAUGUGUCUAACUUGCCUUGACAUUUAACCAACCGAUUCAGAGUCUGUACUGUGGCGUCGUAUUUAUCUUUUGGUCAGAGAUGCUUAUUUCAUGCGUGGAUAGCACAAUACAUUAAUAAACAGAAGAAGCAAUUUCACACAAAUGUCCCAAAACCAUUGCAGCACAGACCAGACACACACACACACACACACCACACACCCACACACACACACACACACAGACGCAGGUACAUAUUUACUGUAAAUAUAAGAAGACAGAGCUACAGAGAGUAUGUGUAUCCAGGUCAAACUAAUCUCACAUACCAACACUUGACUGAUGCACCAAAAUGUUUCAUACACACUCACAUACGUGCAGACUCACACACACAUACACAGACACACACAGAUGGUUCUGGCGCUAACUCCUCUCUCAUUCUGUCGGGUUCCACCAAAGGACGGGCCUAAAGUCCCUCAACAUUAAAUAACCACCGAUGAAGAUGACGAUAAUGAUAUAAAGUACAAUACUGUUCCUUCUUCUUACUUGUUACUCUACUACUACUACUCUACUCUACUCUAAGUACUACUGAUGAUGAUGAUGAUGAUAAUGUUUUUAUAUAUAUACAUAUGUCUCUGGUUAUUUCUGUAGUGUAUUAUGGGAGAAACACUAGUGUAGCAGAUACCAUAAAGGGGAAAGCCGGCUCCAAUUCUGAAUUCACAUCACAUGUUAACUGUAUGAGGCCAUAAUGUGAGUGCUGAAAUUCAGCGGAAUUCCUCUUUUAACAGACCUUAAAGGGAGAAGGAAAGAACUGGAUUGGCAGUGGCUGUUUUUCUUUUCUUUUGAAAUUUUGGUUGCUUGUGGUGCGGUGGUUGCAAUUUAAAGGGGUAUUUCAUAAAAAUAAAAAAAAUAUCCCCAAACAUUCCACAUUAUUUAAAGAUAAUGUUUUUCGGUGUGUGUUUUAAGAUGCCUCGUGGAGAUUUCUUGCAAAACUAAGUUAUGUUUACAUUCAGUGGUACUCACCAAAACACAUUGUGUGUAUACGUCAGGCUUGACAAAAGCGCCAAAUGCAUUACCUUCCUCGUAAAACAUUUGUUAAGCCGAUUUAUUUGGACUUUUGCAUUGUUUACAUCCAUGUUUACCUGCAUUUGUUGGCAUAUCGCUAAGUUCAUUUGCACAUUACCGCCAACUGUCAAUCAACAGAACAGCGUGCACGUGUAUCCAUGUGCAUACAACACAAAUAUUAUGUGUACCCACCCAGAAACUCCACAGGGUACAUUUCAUUUCAUUUUCUGGUUAAAAGUUCUACAAAAUGAACACAUUUCACACAUUUGCCAAAGUGACAUUUGACAACGUUGAAGUUUAGAACCCCCCCCCGCCCAUUUCCUAACCAAAAAUGUAUCCAAGCAGACUAGUAAACUCCACCCAACGCAAAGGUUACUGGAAGACAAAUAAAGCGCACCACAUGUGUUUCAGACCAAAAGAAAAACCCAGUAAUCCAGUUGGAUUUCUGAACCCGGGAGCGUCUGUUGCUUAAGGCUCAGCAGAUUUGACGCUGCUAGAUGGCGACCAUGACAACGAGCAGUUUUUCCCCCGGCGUGAACUAAGGAAAAUCUGUUUCUCCUUGUCUGAUCAUUAUGCUAGAGUGAUGGGAUGAAGAGAAGAGGGUUAAAAAAAAAAAAAACUAAAAAAAAAAAAUUAUUUUAGCAAUAUUUUCAUUCUUUCAGGAUAAUCUGUGUUUUUAGGGGGUUAAACAGGAAGUGAGUAUCACACUCAAAUGUUUACCCCCCACUCUUGUUUUUACUCCUGUUGCGUCCUUGAUAUUCACUAUGUCUUAAAGGUACUUUCUGUGUAAAUUUAUUUGAUGGCAAAUGAUUUUGCUUUGUAAUUAUGUUUUUUUUUUUUUUUCUUCUUGGUUUUUGGAUAAUCUUGUUCAUUUUGUGGAAAACUGAUACUGAUGCUAUUUAUUUUCUAUUUGAUCAGGAAAAUGUAACCUUAUUUGAAGAUGAUGGUCAGGUUGUGUGUGCCUGUGUGGGAGUGAUUUUGUGUGUGUGUGUGUAUGUGCGUGCGUGCGUGCGUGUGUGUGUGUGUGUGUGUGUGUGUGUGGGCGUGCAUGCGUGCGUGCAUGCGUGCGCACACGUCGGUGUGUAUCCAGUGAAGGAAUCAGUGAGCAGGAGACGUCCGUAGACAGAGUGAUAGAAAAUGAGAGAAAUUUGUCUCUCUUGGUUUCUCUCUCUCUCUCUCCUUCUCUCCUUCCUGAGGGACAGGGUUUGAAUCCGAAUGUAUUGUAAAACAAAUCGAUUGUGUUUUUUGACGCUUGAGACGCUGUCGGCUGCUUCAUCACUAAACAUUCAAAAAACCCUUCAGACCAGCUGUUUUUCAAAACACUCACUUCAAUCAUGCCUGAGUCAACAAGGUUCUGAAAUCCAUUUGACAUGCAGCUCUCGGACGGGCAUUUCAACUUUUAUUGAGCUGUUAUUGACUGAUUUAGCAUUUUAAGCAGAGUCAUAAUGAACCUGCACCCGGACCAAUUUUCUAGGUUUUUCUGAAUGCUUUUAGGUUUGAGUUGCCUUGCUCUGAUGCUAUCUAGGCUGCAGUCACACCUAAUCUCCCACUGUUUCUUUCUACAUAAAGAACUCGUUGAUUUCUAAAGUUGACACUGCAGCUUUGCCUUUAAUUCCAUUUGCAGAUGUUGCAUCCAACAUCCAGGUUAUAACCUCCAACGCGUUUGUCAGUCAAACCAAAUAUUGCCAAAUCUGUCCAAGAAAGUUCAUUGUUGAGCAUGGAAACAGUAGUUUGACAUCAAAUGACAACUGAGCAAACUCCAUCUGCUGCCGAUGUGAUGAGGACUGUGAGAUCCGAUUGAAUGCUCCAGAAAAAGCUAGAAAAUGGAACCCAAGUCAACAUUAUCACACAUGCUAGCGGUUCCCAACCUUUUGGCUUGUGACCCCCUACAAGCAAAACCCCUCGGCCUUCGUGUGGACAGGAGUUGCGAGCAGUUUAACCAAAGAGUGGUUUAAAAAACAAUACGUGUGCGUUCUAAUUGGGUGCUCAACUUCAAGAUCCAAAUCAGUAAAGAUUUUGUGUAAAUACAUUUUUUUUCUCUUCCUUUUAAUUAACUGAUGACAUUUAGCUCAGGACCCCUUAAGGGGCCCUAACCCCCAACUUGGCCUGGGAACCAUUGACAUUAGCCUCUGUCAUCUAAGUACCACAAUGCUGGAAAGUUUUUGUUUUUUUUCAUUCAGGCAGAAUUUCUGCACAAUACUGUAGCGUUAAGCGCACAAACUUGAUCUAUAGCUCAAUAGCAGCCACAGAAAAAGCCCUGGUGGAUUAGGUGUAAUAGCAGUCUCAUGCCAGUAGACACCUCAAACACCACCUGGCUGGCACUCUGGGCAGACAAAAACCUCCUCCCAUUGGUUUGGAUUUCAAACAUUGUUUUGAUUCAGGCAAAAAAAAAAACAGAAAAGAGACUAAAUUUGACCCUGCUCAUAACACCCAGCUUACUUUAUGAUAUUUGUUUUGGCUAGCUUAAUUACCAAACCCUCCUGAUUGUUAUUGUCAAUCGGUCAGCUGACUCGAUGAAAACACAGACCCCAGCUCCCACUGUUCUAGAAUUCUCUCUUGUAUUGAUCCAUAGUAAUAUUUUCUCUUUCUAGAACUGCUCCAGAAAAGGAGAGAAGAGAGAGAGUGUUCGUAGAGAGAUUGGGAAUCGCCUCGCAGACAGCCAUUAAACGUUGGUUUCAUUCACUGUCACAUUUAAAUCCAUGGGAUGGUAUGAACAGAUCGGAUGAAAGCAGCCAGUAAA